GGCGAUCCCAAGACCCGUCCGCGACCGCAGCCAAACUUCGAGGCAACGCCGCGCGCGGCCUUCUAAGUACGCGUUUGCCUUUCUCGUCGCCCACGCCCGAAUACCUGAGCCUCUCGCCCCGAUCUGGAAACCUGCGUCCCGCACACUCGCCUCUUCCAGUCUCUCUGUGAUACUCACCGUUGUAUAUCUCGACGUUUUCCCGUCGGCAUCUCAAUCGACAGCAUCCGCAGACGCAAGUUCCUACCGAUGCCGUACACGCGAGUCCAUGCCCUGCUCAGCCGGGUCCCACGCGUAUCUGUGUCUCUAUCGCCGUGGCUAUCGCGCUACUGGCACCUUCGAGCGCGUCCCAGCUCCUCCCAUGUCGCUCUCGCUCACGCUUCGCGUGGCCGGUGAUCUCACGCGCGAAGUUUGCGUUGCCCUCGCUAUCUCCUUUGUGCUGCCCGAUUGGCCUGCCGCCCGCCGGUGCCUUGCGAGCAAUACGUCCGCGACACAAGCAGCUAUCAGCCUCCACCCGGAGCUAGCUGCAGACUCGGUGGACGACGAGGUCUGCUGGUCUCCUGUCGGCACGUUCAGCUGAUGUCAUUCCCACAGGUUUGUCGUGCCCAGCGCACUUUUUUCCCGGAACAUUGCGGACGAGGUGAACAGGAAGGGUGAAGGUGACGAUAGCGCUAGCGCAUCACAAUCGCACUCGCCAAUCUUUGCUCGCUCGCGCUCGCGCUCCUCGCAUGCGCAUUGUGUCGACGUCAUCGCUCGCUCAGUACUAGCGUUCCGCAGAUCACGGUAGUAGCGAACUCCAAUUGGCCAUGCCCUGCAGCGCGUCUUGUUCGUGCCCAAUCCAGCUCCGUUUUCACAUCCUCGCGUCCAAAGAGCAACCCACCAUGCCAAAACGCCUCCGCGCAUGUUCCGCCUCAUCGAUAGCUCUGAAACUCUCUUCAGUCCUGCGUGCUGCAGCCGGAGCAUCAGGGCACUAUCAAGCAUCGACGCUCAGGCUAUGGCUGUGGCUACUGCCUCGACCCGCCCCGCCCGGCUUCCCCUGUGCUGAAUACAGAUUCGCACACGCGAUAGCGGCGAUCCUGGUCCAUCACGCACGGCUCGCGGCUGGUCCUCGGUGGUCCCAACCUCGUGUGUGUAUCCUCCACCCUAAACAUACGCCCGACGCGUGUUCGUGUCCGCCCCCUUCAUAUCCCCUCCAGCCGGUCCCGUGCC